AUGCAGGACGCGGAGAACGUGGCGGGCCCCGAGGCGGCCGAGGAUCCCAGAGGGGACCCGCACCCGUGGGAAGAUGAGUCUCGCGCGCGCGCGGAAGCCCAAGAAGCCGCACUACAUCCCGCGGCCGCGGGGGAAGCCCUACAACUACAAGACGCGGCGGAGGCCGAGCCCCGGCCGGACGUGCCGGUAGACGGGCAGACGGCGGAGGGCGAGGAGAGCGCGGCUGGUGCGGACGUCGCUUCUCCCUCGCCGCCGCCUGAGGAGCCCACUGCCCUCGCCUCGGCCGCGGAAGAAGCCCCGGGGGAGCAGGCCCGGGACGCGGCGGCCGAGGCCCGUUCCGAGGGGGCGGGUGGGGAAGACGGCGACGCGGAUGAGCCUUCCUUCAGCGACCCCGAGGACUUUGUGGACGACGUGAGCGAGGAAGAACUACUUGGAGAUGUACUGAAAGAUCGGCCACAGGAAGCAGAUGGAAUCGAUUCAGUGAUCGUGGUGGACAAUGUUCCUCAAGUGGGGCCUGACCGUUUGGAGAAACUAAAAAAUGUCAUUCAUAAGAUAUUUUCUAAGUUUGGGAAAAUCACAAAUGACUUUUAUCCAGAGGAAGAUGGGAAGACAAAAGGGUACAUCUUCCUGGAAUAUGCAUCUCCUGCCCAUGCCUUGGAUGCAGUGAAGAACGCUGAUGGUUACAAGCUUGACAAGCAGCACACAUUCCGGGUCAACCUUUUCACUGACUUUGACAAGUAUAUGACGAUCAGUGAUGAGUGGGAUAUUCCCGAGAAACAGCCUUUCAAAGAUUUGGGAAAUUUGCGUUACUGGCUUGAAGAGGCAGAAUGCAGAGAUCAGUACAGUGUGAUUUUUGAGAGUGGGGACCGCACGUCCAUAUUCUGGAAUGAUGUGAAAGAUCCUGUUUCAAUUGAAGAGAGAGCGAGAUGGACGGAGACAUAUGUGCGUUGGUCUCCCAAGGGCACCUACCUGGCUACCUUUCAUCAACGAGGCAUUGCUCUUUGGGGCGGAGAGAAGUUCAAACAAAUUCAGAGAUUCAGCCACCAAGGGGUUCAACUUAUUGACUUCUCCCCUUGUGAAAGAUAUCUGGUGACAUUUAGCCCUCUGAUGGACACGCAGGAUGACCCACAGGCCAUAAUCAUCUGGGACAUUCUGACUGGACAGAAGAAGAGAGGUUUUCACUGUGAAAGCUCAGCCCAUUGGCCUAUUUUUAAGUGGAGUCAUGAUGGUAAAUUCUUUGCCAGAAUGACAAUGGACACACUCAGUAUCUAUGAGACUCCAUCUAUGGGUCUUUUGGACAAGAAGAGUUUGAAGAUAUCUGGCAUAAAAGACUUCUCUUGGUCUCCUGGAGGAAACAUAAUAGCUUUUUGGGUGCCUGAAGACAAAGAUAUCCCAGCCAGGGUAACCCUGAUGCAGCUUCCCACAAGACAAGAGAUCAGAGUUAGGAAUCUGUUUAAUGUUGUGGAUUGCAAGCUACAUUGGCAGAAAAAUGGAGAUUACUUGUGUGUUAAAGUAGAUAGAACUCCAAAAGGUACCCAGGGUGUUGUCACAAAUUUUGAAAUUUUCCGAAUGAGGGAAAAACAGGUACCUGUCGAUGUUGUCGAAAUGAAAGAAACCAUUAUAGCUUUUGCUUGGGAACCAAAUGGGAGUAAGUUUGCUGUGCUGCACGGGGAAGCCCCUCGGAUAUCAGUUUCUUUCUACCACGUGAAAAACAACGGGAAGAUUGAGCUCAUCAAAAUGUUUGAUAAGCAGCAGGCAAACACCAUCUUUUGGAGUCCCCAGGGGCAGUUUGUGGUGUUGGCUGGUCUGAGGAGCAUGAAUGGUGCCUUGGCAUUUGUGGACACAUCAGACUGUACAGUCAUGAACAUUGCAGAACACUACAUGGCCUCCGAUGUGGAAUGGGAUCCUACUGGGCGUUAUGUUGUCACCUCUGUGUCCUGGUGGAGCCAUAAGGUGGACAAUGCUUAUUGGUUGUGGACUUUCCAAGGACGCCUUCUGCAAAAGAAUAACAAGGAUCGCUUUUGCCAGCUGCUCUGGAGACCUCGGCCCCCAACACUCCUGAGCCAGGAUCAGAUAAAGCAAAUUAAAAAAGAUCUGAAGAAAUACUCCAAGAUCUUUGAGCAGAAGGAUCGUUUGAGCCAAUCCAAAGCCUCAAAGGAAUUGGUUGAGAGAAGACGAACCAUGAUGGAAGAUUUCCGAAAAUACCGGAAAAUGGCCCAAGAACUCUAUAUGGAACAGAAGAACGAACGUCUAGAGUUGCGAGGAGGUGUGGACACAGAUGAACUGGACAGCAAUGUCGAUGACUGGGAGGAGGAGACCAUUGAGUUUUUUGUCACUGAAGAAAUCAUCCCUCUUGGGAAUCAGGAGUGAUUUGAGAUCGCUGUGCAUUGCUGAAUCGUGUGCCAGAACCAAGGUCAUCCUUUUGCAGAAAGCCUGCAUGACUCUGAAUUUACCUGUGCGCUCUUGCUCUGGACUGCGACCACUCCUGAGAUUCUCCGUCUCCACACACUGCUGUGCCUUUUGACCCCUGGUAUCCACAGAGGGGGUGGUGUUAAGGCACUGCUUUAAAACUUUUCUUGUUUGGGUUUUUUAAACAACACCACCAGUAUUAGACUCUUGCGCAGUGCUGCGGCGGGCACCUUUCCCUCCAGCUUUUGGUGGGAUUCUGAGGUGCACCAUCGUGGGAAGUGAUUUCCUUCGAGGACUCACUGACCUUGGGCAGGGGAGUAUAGGAGUGUCUCAAACACCAGCGGGGAGCAGGCACCAUUCAGAGGGCACCGCCUACUGUGGUGCCUCCACCAUUCAGGUUGUGGCAGGUUCUCUCAACAGGCUGAACGUGGAAAUAAAGCAAACCUGUAUGAAAAA